CUGAUUGUUAUUUCGUUUUAUGGCAACGUAAAACAGUGAAGUUUGACACAAUCUACCACUGUAAACUAAAACAAAACAACAGAUUAAAGGCGCAUUAAUAUUUUCCCCUAAAUUAUGGCUUUAACUUUAAGAAGAAUAUCAGUUAAUAAUAGCUUUAGGAGGGCAAUUCACCACGUGACUUUAAACUCAGUGAAAGGGCAAAGAUUGUACAGCAACAUGUCAAAAGAAGAAAGAAAAGGCGCUGACCCAGGUGCUGGUGGGACAGUGAUUUCUGAGAGAAGGGGUACGGUGAUGGUUAUUGGGAUUAACCGUCCUGAAGCGCGUAAUGCAGUAAAUCAAGAGACUGCUCAGAGACUGACUGAGGAGCUGUCAGCCUUUGACCAGGACAACAGCCUUAAUGUGGCAGUGCUUUAUGGAGUCGGAGGGAAUUUCUGUGCUGGUUUUGAUCUGAAGGAGUUGGCCCAGAGCUCUGGUUCUCUCAAACUGGAGGAAGAUGUCUCCUGUUGUCCUAGUCCCAUGGGUCCGUCUCGUAUGAGGCUCUCAAAACCAUUGAUCGCAGCAGUCAGUGGGUAUGCUGUGGCUGGGGGUCUUGAGCUGGCCCUGCUGGCUGACCUGAGGGUGGUCGAGGAGAGCUCCAUCAUGGGUGUAUUCUGCCGCAGAUUUGGUGUGCCAUUGAUUGAUGGGGGUACGGUGAGAUUGCCACAGCUGAUUGGUCUCUCGCGAGCACUAGAUCUGAUCCUCACAGGCCGACCGGUGAAGGCGCAAGAGGCUUUAACAUUUGGACUGGCAAACAGAGUGGUGCCUGAUGGCCAAGCACUUCAAGUGGCUCUUGAACUUGCUGAACAGGUCAGCGCAUUUCCACAGCUCUGUCUCCGUGCUGACCGUAACUCCGCCUACCACGCUGUCUUUGACUCCUCCUCCUUCACCCAGUCCAUGCAGUAUGAGUUUGACCAUGGCCUGCCAGUCAUUGUUGCUGAAGCAGUCACUGGAGCAACAAAAUUCACCUUAGGUGCUGGGAGAGGUGGGACGUUCUCUAAGAGUAAACUGUAAAUGGGCAGAUGAACGGACGUGAGACAGUGUGUAACUAAAUAAUGCUGUAUUCUGUAAUUGUUAUGAAACCAGUAUGCUGUGACAAUUUAAAUAUGAACUUGGCCAUUUUAAAACUUGUAUAUCAUGAAGAGAUGUGCACUUGCCUCAGAUCAAGUUCUCAUUAGCAUUUUUUUUUUUUGCUAAUCAAAUAUAUUAAAGAUCAUACUGAAGAUUUCUUUUUUCAGGGGAUUUGUCAUGCAGGUUUGUAAAUGCAGAACAUGAGGGGUUUAUUUUGCAGAUGCUGUUAUGUACUGCACACUUUCACUGAUCAGCCACAACAUUAAAACCACCCGCCCAAUAUUGUAUAGGUACCCCUCGUGCUGCCAAAACAGCUUUGAUGCAGAAAGGCAUGGACUCCACAAGACCUCUGAACGUGUCCUGUAGUAUCUGGCAACUAGAUAUUAGCAGCAGAUCAUUUAGGUUUGCAACUUGCAAGGUGUGGCCUGGCCUCCAUGGAUCGGAUUUGUUGGUCCAACACAUCCCACAGAUGCUCAAUCAGAUUAGGCCACGGCAACACCUUGAAAUCUUUGUCAUGUUCCUCAAACCAUUCCUGAACAAUUUUUGCUGUGUGUCAUGGAGCAUUAUCCUGCUGAAUGAGGCCACUGCCAUCAGGGAACACUAUUGCCAUGAAGGGGUGUAUGUGGUCUGCAGAGCUGUAAAGAGUACCUAAAAACCAUACUUGAGUAAAAGUACAGAUACCUUACAGUGAAAACU